GCCACAAAAAGUCCCACCACCUCAUGCACUAUUAAAGCUUUGACGCCACUCCAACUUCAGCACAGCCGUCAGCUCGCGUCAAUCACCCACCUACACAUCAUUCCUCCCCCGCCUCAUCUCCCUGGCAUACUAAUCAAGUAGCAAUAUAAGCUCGCGAGACUUCCAAUAUGAGUGAAAGAAAGGUGCUCAACAAAUACUUCCCGCCGGACUUUGAUCCGUCUUUGAUCCCCCGGCGGAAGCUGGAGAAGGAUAAACAGCAGGUGGUCCGUCUGAUGGCCCCUUUUUCGAUGCGUUGCAACACUUGUGGCGAAUACGUGUACAAGGGCAAGAAGUUCAAUGCUCGAAAAGAGACCGUGCAAGGCGAAGAGUACUACGGCAUCAAGAUCUUCCGUUUCUACAUCAAAUGUCCUCAAUGCAGCGCGGAGAUCACCUUUAAAACGGACCCCAAAAACACCGAUUACACCGCGGAGCACGGCGCCUCCCGCAACUUUGAGCCAUGGAGGGUCACAGAAGAUCAGGAAGACAAAAAUGCGGAUCCAUUGGCCCAUCUGGCGGAGGAAGAGGAGGAAGAGGAGCUGGAUCCGAUGAAGGCACUGGAGCAACGUACAUUGGAGUCCAAGAGGGAAAUGGAGAUCGCAGACAUGCUUCAAGAUAUUCGCACACGCAAUGCCCGCAACGAGCGUUUGGAUAUCGAUACCGUCACAGUAUCACUGGAAAAGGGCAAGGGGCGAAGCUUGAACCCUGAAGCUGAGGAGCAACGAUUAGCAGAGGAAGAAGACGAGCUGCUCGUGCGCAAAUAUUUCGCGCCUGUCCUUCAAUCGGAUGUCUCACCGUCUGAAGAUUCCGUGGAAACGCCAAAGGACGAAAAGCGGUCCCCGUCGAUAAGGAAGCCUGUGAUGGCAGUCAAACGCGCAAUUUCCGAAGAGCCCGAUCCAGCGAGCUUGCUGAGCGAACGCGCUCGCGCGCAGCUUGUCGCCGCAAAAUCUGCUCUUCCAGCUGUCAAGAAGAGGAAGGCGAACCCGUUCGGGAUAUCGAAAAAGAAGACAUGA